UUUCUUCAACUGUUGCUAGAUUCACGCUGCUCUUCAAUGUGUCGAACAUAACAUUAGCAUAAAACCAGAGCUGAAAUUGUGCACAUUUAGGCUGUAAUAUGCCGAAUAUGGCAACAGGAAACGAAGAAAACGGAUCAGACAUGCAAUCGGAGUCAGAGGAGUCCUCGUACUCUAUGGCGAGGCAGAAGCUGGAGAGCCUUCUGAACAAGAACAUGCGGAUCCGUAUGACUGAUGGCCGCACUCUUGUGGGACUGUUCUUGUGCACCGACCGGGACUGCAAUGUCAUUCUCGGCUCUGCUCAGGAGUUCCUCAAAUCCACAGACUCAUUCUCUCAAGGGGAGCCAAGGGUCUUGGGUCUUGCCAUGAUCCCAGGGCACCAUGUCGUCUCCAUUGAAGUGGAAUCUGAAAGUUUAGUGAACAACUCCCAAGGGAUGUGAUGUCUAUCCUCUGAAAGACUGCAUUCAGCUUCUAAAUGGCUGUGGAAACGCAUAUGUAUUUGCAGCGAUACACUGUCCACAAAAACUGACUUGAGUUCAAGAAUUCAGCCUUUGAAGACUGCCGAGAGAUGAGGAAUGACCUUUUUCUUGGACCACAAGUGGAACUGAGAGGUUUACUUACCUUUACAAAUGGUUUACUUAUCCAUUAAAGUCUGUGAACUGCAAAAAUGCUGCUGUAUGGCGACAUAUUCAGUGUUUUAUAUUGUAAUGAAAAUGGUUUGUUAAAUUA